AUGAUCACCAAGGGCUUGCUUGACAUGAGGAUUUUGGCUGUGGAUGUUUUCAUCAGUGGUAACAGAGAGGGCUUGAAGAGAACCACCAUCCUCCUCCUCAUAUGUGUCUUCCCAAGCCUCUUCGUCAGUGCCUUGCUUCUCCUGUAUCUCCUCUAUACUCUGACUUGUGACCCCGCAGUGUCUGGGGGGAUCGCUGCCCUCCAUGGGGUGGUGUUGACAUUUGCCCUCUUCUUUUCGCAGAGAGUACGAUGCUUGUUCACACUAUUUGUCGUAUCUAUUUUCACCAAGAAGACUCGCAGUCUGCUGCUCACCGCUGGGACAAGUGUAGUUGUCCUUGGGAAUAUUCACAACACUUUGGAGAACCUCACAGGCUUGGUCAGGAGCAUGAUUUGUAACCUGAGGGCCAAGAAGGCAUCGGUCAUUGCGCCCUUCAGAAAUUACGUGGACAUGUUGAAAUGGCUGGCUAACAUAUUGCAAGGGGUGACGGACUUCGGAGUGGUCAACCUGGACUCCCAGCUCAACAUUUCACCCAAGGUGGACUUGGAACAUUUUAGGGAUCGACUCACCCAAGCAGAACUAAAGCUUAAUCAAAGUGUAAAAUAUGCAGUGACCUUUAUAAACACAGUCUCCUCUGUGAAGGAACGUGUUUAUCCGACCAUCAGCUUCCUGGUGCUCGUGAUCUUUAUAGCCUCACACGUAAGAAAUUACUGCAGCGACACGAAGUACAAAAAUCAUUUUAUCAGCAACAAAUUCAUUCAUUUUGACAAGAAGCAAAAGGAGGAAGGAAAGCAACAUGUGCUUCCGCUCACGUCAGAGGAGGAGAAGCUUUACCCCUCUCUCCCUUCCCUCCGUCCCAUUGCGCAGGAAGGAAAAGCGCUGUUCAAAUUCGGCUUUCCCAUCAUCUCCCAUUUGGUUGCUUGGGUCAUAUUUAUAACUGUGGAUGCCUUGUUGUACUGUUUUGUUGCUAUAAUAACAACCAAGCUAUCAGAGAUGGAACCAUUCCACGUCCCUCUGCUUUUGAGCCUCAAAGGUGUUGUGACCUUAAUUGGUGUACAGUUGGGUGAGGAGAACCACCAAAAGGACUUUUCUUAUUCUGUGACACUGUUUGAGAAGCAGUGCCUCCCCAAACCCAAACUGCUGCUCAACAACUCUGUCAUCCCACUGGCUGGAAUCCUGCUGACCUUGCUUAUUAUGGCCCCAGUGGCGGCCAAGGUAGUCCAGAUCAGGCUCAUGGUGUGUGAGAGAUUCUACUCCACUGCUGCAGAGGAGAGGAUCAAGUACUUGCACGCCAAAAUUUUGAGGAAGAGGUUAAAAAGGACGAGGGAGAAAGAAAACAGCAAUAGUUUUACAGCACUCAUCACUAAGGUAUGGGUCACAUAA